GCAGCCGCCGUGUUUGUGUCUUUAAAGCGGCUCACCCGGUGCCUUGCUUUACACUGCGAUGUGGGCGUGGUAAAAAAAAAAUCGCGUUGGAAACCCGGGGCAAAAGCAGUUUCCUGCCUUCUUAGAGCCCCGAACAGCUGGGUUGUUGUUUUUUUGGAAAGUGUCGCUGUGUGUGUGAGUGAGACAGAGGCAGGCACACAGACAGCGAGAGCUGGCCGUGGCCGUGGGUGUGAGCAGAGCGGGCUGGGACGCGGCGCGCUCAGCGCCCCCCACCCGCUGCAAGGAAGCUUGAAGCCGCGGCCCCAGCAGUGGGCUUGCCCGGGACGUGCAAAAAGGCGGCGGCGCCCGGGGCUGCUCAGACCUUCACCCCGACGGCUCCCGGGGGCCGCUCCAGGCCGCCGUCUGCGCGUGGAUCUUGACUGGUGAAUGCCCCUGGCCGGGGGCCACGGCAGAUACAGCCCCCCUCAGGUGCCUGGGCGAGGAUGAGCGGCGGCGGGGAGGUGGUGUGUGCUGGCUGGCUGAGGAAGUCGCCCCCGGAGAAGAAGUUGAGGCGCUAUGCAUGGAAGAAGCGUUGGUUUAUUCUUCGCAGUGGGAGGAUGAGUGGGGACCCAGACGUGCUGGAAUACUACAAGAAUGACCAUUCCAAGAAGCCCCUGCGGGUCAUCAACCUCAGUUUCUGUGAACAGGUGGACGCAGGCCUGACCUUCAACAAGAAGGAGCUCCAGGAAAGUUUCGUGUUUGACAUUAAGACCAGUGACCGCACCUUCUACCUGGUGGCGGAGACCGAGGAAGACAUGAACAAGUGGGUGCACAGCAUCUGUCAGAUCUGUGGCUUCAAUCAGUCGGACGAGAACUCAGACUCUCUGAGAAACCUCCCCUCUGUGGGUCAUGGCCCCCGCUCCUCCCCGGCAGAACUGAACAGCUCCAACCCACACCUGCUUCGAGAACGCAAAUCCUCGGCCCCCUCGCACUCCAGCCAGCCAACCUUGUUCACCUUUGAAGCCCCAGCGAACCACACACAGACCACCCUGUCCACCAGUGCCCCCCAGGACUAUCUCUUCCUGCACCAGUGCAUCAGCCGAAGAGCAGAGAACACAAGGAGCGCCAGUUUCUCCCAGGGCACCAGGGCUUCUUUUUUCAUGAGGAGCGACACAGCUGUGCAGAAACUUGCCCAGGGGAACGGGCACUGUAUGAACGGUGUCAGUGGCCAGGUGCACGGCUUCUACAGCCUGCCUAAGCCCAGCCGGCACAACUCAGAGUUCCGGGACAGCGCCUACGACCUCCCGCAGAGCCUGGCCUCCCACCCUCCCAGUCAUACCAAGGGCAGCCUCACUGGCUCAGAGACAGACAACGAGGAGGUGUACACCUUCAAGACCCCCAACAACGCGCUGUGCAGAGAGUUCGGGGACCUCCUGCUGGACAACGCAGAUGCCCCGGGAACCCCGCUCUCAGCCUACCAGAUCCCCAGGACGUUCACAUUGGACAAGAAUCACAACGCCCUGGCAGUGGGGCCCUCUGGGGACUCCUCAGUGGCUCCACCGCCCCGGCCCCCCAAGCCAGGUCAGGCAGAGACACCCCGCUGGGGCAGCCCACAGCAGCGGACCCAGAACGGAGAGAGUGGCCGGGCAGGAUCCGUCGCUGCCACCAUCCCCCGACGCAACACCCUCCCAGCGGUGGACAACAGUCGUCUCCACCGAGCUUCUUCCUGUGAGACAUAUGAGUAUCCGCAAGGUGGCCAGUCUUCAGAAUCUGUCAAUGAUGGAUUCAACUCCUUUGUGAUAGGGAAAGCCACUGUGGGGCACACAGACAGCUCCAAUUCAGAAGACAACUAUGUACCCAUGAACCCUGGGUCCUCCUCCCUGCUGGCCAUGGAGAGAUCUAAUGACAAUUCUCAGAGUGUCUACAUCCCCAUGAGCCCGGGGCCUCAUCACUUUGACCACCUCAGCUUCUCUUCUUCUGCCUUGCCGGUCCAUCGGGGGCGGGGGAGUGAGAUCCAGCCUCCCCCCGUCAACCGAAAUCUCAAACCUGACAGGAAAGCCAAACCAACUCCUCUGGACUUGAGAAACAACACAGUCAUCGAUGAGCUUCCUUUUAAGUCCCCAGUCACGAAGUCUUGGUCUAGGGCAAUUCAUACCUUCAAUGCUAGCUCUUCCCAGUCCUGCCGUCCUGUCUCCACCCAGAGCAUCACCAGCACCGAUUCAGGGGACAGUGAGGAGAAUUAUGUCCCCAUGCAAAAUCCUGUGUCAGCAUCCCCUGUUCCCAGUGGCACAAACAGCCCUGCUCCCAAGAAAAGUACAGGCAGUGUGGACUACUUAGCCUUGGAUUUCCAGCCAGGCUCACCCAGCCCCCACCGAAAGCCAUCUACAUCAUCCAUUACAUCAGAUGAGAAAGUGGAUUACGUACAAGUGGACAAAGAAAAGACCCAGGCCUUGCAGAACACCAUGCAGGAGUGGACAGAUGUCCGGCAAUCCUCAGAGCCCAGCAAGGGGGGCAAGCUGUGAAGAUCAAGGCAGGCCCUGGACCCAGGGAGGGGGGUGUCCCUGUAUGACUUCUUCCUGCUUCCCCUUCUCCACCUCCCUCCUCCCUGGGGUCCCUGGCCUGCUCUUUGGGCCUGGCCUUUUAGACUUUCAGUCUUCUGAGGCCUCCUGAUGGGGCUUUCCUAUCCAGAGGCUGGGCAGGACUCUCUCUCUGGCCUUUGGGCACCAGCUCAGGACCACACCUUUGAGCAAUACUGAAUGCCCAGAGCCUACCCACCCCUGCCUUUCUUUCUUCCAAGCUUUUUCUGAAAAGUCUCUGCAGCCACCUCUAGCUCCCUAGCCCUGGGUAUCCUCCUCUGAGCCAGGGUUGGCUGUCCUCCUGAGCAUCCAGAACUCAGAGUCCCCAACUCACUCCGUGUCACAGCCUCCAGCUCCCUCACUUCCAGCCUCUCUCCUCUCAGCCUGGACAUAAUGUGCUUAAAAGGCUCUACCAGCCUGUCCCUAUUUGCUUCAGCAGGGGGCACAUUUCCCAAUAGAGAAGUGAGGAGUCUUUGUUAGAGGUGGCUCUCUUGGUGGGGGACCCUUGCCUGCUCUGUUGGGGUAAUCCCCAGCAGCAGGGAGCUCCCCUUCCCCAGGUCCAGGGCCUCAACUUGGUCAAGGAGGCAGGUCCUGAGGCAAGGUGGGGAAAUCCCAGCACCAAGGAUCAGGGAGUUGGCUGACAUUUACAGUGCCCUACCCUUCAGAGGAGCUGCUUCCAGCAUCCCAGGAUGGGGAGAAACAAAAUAGACCAAGGGGGCCAGAAGACCAAGACCAGGAUGUCAAGCACCUGAAGGCCAUGGAUAUUGAAACUCCGGACACUGAAACUGUGGACUUGUGGGGUUUGAUGAGUGUGCCAAGGCCCCUGCUGGGAUGGAACAUAUGCCCUGCUCAGUAGGGAAGGACAGACACCCAGAGGCAGCUUGGGGCUAGUGCUAAAGGUGUUCCUUUCGACUUUGGAUGGUGGGACUCUGGGGGAUUGGAGAGGAUAUACUAUAGGAAAGAGGGCAGGUUUUCCAAGCCAGGAAAGGGAAGACCACAGUGCUUGGAGGCACAUAGUGUUAGAAGGAAACUGGAUUCCCACUGGAGUGUGCAUCUGUGGGAGGGGGAAUGUAGUGAAGGGGCUGAGGCUGGUGAAAAAUGUAUGAAGGGAGCAGGUAAUGGAAGGGAAGGCUUUGGGAGGGUUAAUGAAGAAUCUGAGGUGAUCCUUUAUGGGAGUGGAUUAAUAUGGCUGAAAUGUAGCAUUGAAGAGGGUAAUGUCAUGGGUCCAGGUAAAAUGCACCUGUUGUGUGGUUGCUGAUGUUUUUGAUGUUAUGGGCAUGGGAGAAAUUCAUUGGGGAAGAGGUCAUGGAAGAAAUGCAGUGCAGGAGAGAGAUGAGGCUGAACGCAAUGGGAAAAAUGUGGAGGGAGAGAUGGGCAAUGAAUGUCAUGUGGAGAAGAGGAAAUGUAGAUAGGACUGAUGUCAUGUACAUAAGGGAGUUGUGCUUGUAGGGGUAGUUCUGUACGGGGGUCUGGGGAAGCUUGUGGAUUGGGAUGGAGUCUAUUUCAGGGUCAACCUGGACAUCUUCCCUGUGUCCCUACUUGGGUGAGGCCAGAAAUCCUCAAAUCAAAGCCCAGAUUUUUUGGUGGAAAAAGGGGCAGUCUUUUGGAAGGGAUAGGCACAUGCCACAGAAUGGCAAACCUUAGAGACCAAGUCUGUGUCGCACACAUGUAUGAUGUGCCCCAGAGACUGGGCCCAGGUGGGGUGAGGGUCGUCAUCAGUGUUUUACCCUGGGGCCUGCCUGGUUUGCAGCUGUGAUAGAACAGGGUUCUUGCUGGGCUUGGGAAGCAGGAGUUAGCCCUGUAUUCUCUGAGAGGCAGAGAAGGCCUAUGUGGGUUGCUUUCUCAUGGUAGGACAGGAGAUUUCCUAAGAUUUGCCUGGUGGUGGUGAUGAGUUACUCCUCAUAAACUCAAUUAUUUGAAAUUUUCAUAGGAUUUGCAGCUGGAAGGGACCUUUGAGACCAGAUUCUAGUCUAAUCUCCUUAUUUUACAAAUGGAGAGACCAAAACCUAGAAAAGUUAAACAGUUAUCUCAAGGCACUAGUAGUAGUAGUAGUGGUGGUGGUGGUAGUGGUAGUAAUAGUAGUAGUAGUCGUAGUAGUAGUCAUAGUAGUAGUGGUAGUAGUAGUGGUAGUAGUAGUGGUAGUAGUAGUGAGACAAGCCCAGUGGCAUGUUUUUCUUGCUAGCCCAUGCUCCUGUCUCUUUCAGGACUUCAGAGGAGUAAACCAAAUGCCUCCAGGGGAUCUCCCAACAGAAAUACUGUGUUCAACCACACACACCUCUCUUCUCUCAACCCCCUCAGCCCUGUUGGCCUGGAGACUAAGAAAUAGGGAAGGACCAAAUCUAGUCAAGGAAAAGGGUGGUAAAAUAGGGGAGCAUGACACCCAACACCUCCAGGAUACCCAGCAUGCAAGGGUAUUAGCUAAUCUGCGACAUACCUCCUAGGCUACACGUCCUUAGAUCACGUAUACAUUAUCCUUCUGUGCCUCAGUUCCCCCAUCACAAAAAUGGGGUAAUAGCAACCUACCUCAUUGGACGAGGGUUGAAGCUGAGUUGACUCUGGGUGGCCAAGUUAUGGCCUGUUACCUCUAGGUUCCUCUUUUCCCUCCAUGAGGGGGACUCUUGUGUCAGCCUGGGAGCCCAUGCUUGGUAAGGGCAGGGAAGGCCACCUUCCUUGUUCUUAGCUCAUAAAACUUUGUCAGAAACAGAAGAGGCUGAGAGAUCAGCAUCUUGGAGAAGAAAGCAGAAUUCUGCCUCGGAGCACUGAGAAACACUGGCCAAUUCUUUUCUCCUCCCCAAAUCAUUUUACCAUAAAAAAAUGGGGGGGAAAAUGGCCAGGAUGGCUAGCUUUUGAUGUGCUCUCAAUCCCAACCAUAUUUCCUGGUAGCUGCUUGGCUCUGAUUGUAAUAAAGCAUCGUAUGCUCCUAAACCUGCCCGGUACCCACUUUGAGAGGACCCUAAAUGGGGAAGCCCAGGAAAACAAGGGGGUUCAACUCAGUGGCCUAAGGCCCUUCUAGCUCAGAUAUUCAGAGUCCAAGGUUCUCUGGGCCGUAACAGUCUGUGUUAAAGGCAUGAGGAGACCAGACAUCAACAGAUGCAGCACAGCCUCAGGAGGCGAUGUUUGCAUCCUCCUGGGAGCAUCUGUUUGGACUCCAGGAGACACCAAUGAAGAGCAGCGAGCCCUAAGGCCCUCCAGCCUACCACUGGGAAGCAUCUUUCUCACUUUCAAGGGGCAGUGGAAAACAGCUGGGGACAGUAUUUAGGUUAGUUCAGCCCCAGCUGGGUUGGUGGCCUAACCCCCCCCCCAAACUCCCACCCCACUCUAAGCCUUCACUUGACAAGCCAAGUCUUUGUCUCCUGAUUUCAGUAACUGCCCACACCUGCCACAUUCGAAGCUGUGUAACUACUCUUUCCCCCGCAAUUCCAACAAAUACACAGAAUGAGGGCCAGAGUUUGGUCCUUGGGCCUUGCUUGGCAGGGUUAUAGGCAGAUAUUAUACAUGUUGGUGACAUCACAUACAGCCCGGCCUAUGCUGUCCGGCUCAAUGCAGAUCGAAAAGCAAUUGUCCAGGGGUGUGGAUAUAAAAGAGGCCAUUUUUUCCCCCUGCAAAACAAUAACUGAAGGGAAGCAUCUUCCACACCUAUCCCCCAGGAGGCCUUGUUUAUAGUGGGUAAUAGAGGUAUGUAGCAGGCAUUGAAUAUAUGGGUAGAGAACCAAGGUUCUGAGCUGUGGCCACACCAGUUACAGCCCUUGGGGCUGUACGAAAAUGAGCAAUGAAAAAUGGACAAGUGGGUGGGUGCCAAGGAGCCAACCCCUAGUCGGCCCCUCCCCCCACUCAGGGUUGGGGUAAGGGGAGAUGGAGAAUGACAAUGAGCCCUUGAUCCCAGGCCAACAGAAACAUAUAAAGGUCCUGCCCCCUGCCCCUCCAUGGACCGGAUGAUCUCUAAGCUUCCGUUUGCCUCUGCUGACGUUCUUGGAUUCUGCAAUGAGCAGGAAGAACCCAAGAGAUCUGGAAAGGCCAUGAGGCCAGACUUGUGGUUUGGGGUGGGGGUGGGGGAUGGCUGCAGAGGAACCUGCGAGACCAUCCCCUGGAGAGCUGCCCCACGAGGGGAUACCCGGGGCUAUGCUCUUGUAUCUACGUUGGUGUCUGUGUCUUGAAACCUAGAACCAUUUCCUGGGGUCCAAAGGGGAAGGGAGGGUAGACUUUGUGUGAAACCUUCCCCAAGCCCCCAUCUCCAAAAGGAGGAGAAAUGGAUUGUAGUGCACUGUGUACCUGAGAUGUUAACUGUUGAAAAUGGACGCGUUUCCUCAAAUCGCUGUUGGUGGCCAGUGGCCUAAAUUAUUAAUUUAUUCUUUUCCUUUAAAAGAAGAUGAAGAAAGCAGCCUUUGUAACAUGUAUUUAUCCUGUAAGUAGGUCUUGAGGUUGGGAGUGGGAGGGGGCGGAGGGUGGGGAAUGGGUUUAACGUAGCUAAUGUUUCUGCCGUUGAUGAAAUAUGGUACAGGCCCGGUGAAAGUGAAUGCCCUUGUUAACUGCCAAGGACAGUAGGGCGAGAAUAAAGGCAAGGAGAAAUCUGA